GUUUAGAUCAAACAUAACACCGUUUAAAAUAGAAUUUUCCAUAAUAAUGGACAUAUACAUAAGAAUUUAAGCACAUGGGGGUGACAACUCUCACAUAUAUGUACUCGCAUGGCGCACCCACACGAUAUAUAACCCUAUGCCAGCCAGCCAACCCGCCCCUCGAUGUGCAUGGUAUUGCAGUGAAGCAACCCUCUCACAUGCAAAACUCUGUAGAGAGAGAGAGAAACUGAGGUUUAGAGAGAGAGAGAGAAACUGAGGUUUAGAGAGAGAGAGAGAAACUGAGGUUUAGAGAGAGAGAGAGAGAGAGAGCAAACACCAACUCAUUAAUGGCUACCACCUUCUUCUACAAUAUAUUAUUCGUCACACUUCUGUAUCUAAUUUCUGUAUCUAAUGCCUGCCCGCCGUCCGAGAGGGCAGCUCUCCUAGCCUUCAAGGCUGCCCUACGCGAACCUUACUUGGGCGUUCUCAGCUCCUGGAAAGGCAAAGACUGCUGUCACAACUGGUAUGGUGUCAGUUGCGACCCGACUAUUCACCGGGUCACCAGCAUCGAUCUCCGGGGCAGGUCCGAGGACCCCAUUUUCGCGAAGGCCCAUCGAACCGGGUACAUGACCGGGUCCAUUUCACCGGCCAUUUGCCGGCUGACUCGACUUUCGAGCCUGACGAUCGCUGAAUGGAACGGCAUUUCCGGGCCAAUCCCACCUUGCAUUGCUUCGUUGUCUGCUCUCCGGAUCCUCGACUUGACCGGAAACAAACUCACCGGAGAAGUUCCAUCCGAGAUCGGACGAUUGCGGCGGCUCGCCGUUCUGAACUUGGCAGAUAACCAGAUUUCAGGGAUUAUACCACAGUCACUGACAAACCUAUCAUCUUUAACGCAUCUAGAUCUCGCGAACAACAAAAUUUCAGGGUCUAUUCCGAAAAAUUUCGGCAGAUUGAGAAUGUUGAGUCGGGCUUUACUCAGCCAGAACAAUUUAAUCGGGCCGAUUCCCAUUUCAAUCUCGCAGAUCAACAGACUUUCGGAUCUGGACCUUUCUCUAAACCAACUCUCCGGCCCGAUACCGGCUUCGUUAGGUAAGAUGGCAGUUCUCAGCACAUUAAAUCUGGACGGGAACAAAAUCUCCAGCCCGAUUCCACCAUCUCUGAUUAGUUCGCGCAUUAGCAUACUGAACUUGAGCAGGAACGCCAUAGAAGGUUCCAUCCCAGAUGCUUUCGGGCCGAGAUCGUAUUUUUCGGUGAUGGAUCUAUCGUAUAACAAGCUAAGGGGAGGGAUUCCAAAAACUAUAACUUCGGCGGCGUUUAUCGGGCACCUUGAUAUCAGCCACGACCAUCUCUGCGGCCCGAUUCCGCCGGGUUCGCCCUUGGAUCAUCUUGAAGCGUCGUCGUUUGUUUACAAUGAUUGUCUCUGUGGGAAGCCCCUUAAAGCUUGUUGAAGUAGUUUUAUUGGUUUUGCGUUUUCAAUUUAUUUAGUGACUUAAAUCCGUUUGUUUCAAUGAUUGCAUAAUUUAUUUCACAACAAGUGUUUAUAUUAUUUGAAUUCAUGAAUUCCAU